AUUCCCGUGGAGCACAGACGUGCUCCUCUCGUCUCAUCAUUUGUGCUGAAUACUUGUCUAAGAUAAUAUGUCUUAUGUUUACGAAGAUAUAGACCCAGUUUUCGCAGAGAAAUGUGGCGAUAUGAUGCUUUAUUCUACUCAGGUAGGAUUCCUCAAGAAUCUUGCCGAGGAAGUCAUUGCAUUAGCUAACGAAGACAAUUGGUUGGAAUCAUUCGAAACUGUCAACAAUGAGAAAAAAGUUGAGGCGGUCAUGGAGAAUAAAAAGUUAAUGAACGCUUUAAAGGAAGUAUUCUCUCGAAUUCAACCUAUCUACCGUGACAAGGAUGCUAAGAUUGCCCAAGAGAAGCGUAAAGCUGCGGCUGAAGCGUUGAGAGAUGGGGAGCUUGAGAAGAGUUUGGGUCUCGCGAGUCAAACCGUGCUCAGAUCACCUAUGACAGAUGUGGACGAAUCAGUAGACGGGGGCGUCUCUCUCGCCCUAGGGCUGUGGUUGCGCUCCGAAAUAUUGAUGCGAUUUAACCGCUAUCAAGCAGCUCUUGAAGAUUUAAAAAUGGCUUUAAAAGAACGAAUACCAGCCCGGAUGCGCGGCCAAUAUUAUUGGAGGUUAGGAAACUGUUAUAAAGGCCUCGGCGAAGCAACAAGAGCGAAAGUCUCCUAUGAAAUAGCGAACAGAUUAUUAGCAAACGAUGAAAAAUCGAAAAUUCAACUGCAGCAAGACAUGGAAUCUCUCGACUAUUCUCUGGCACCGACAAAUUCCGAAAACCGAAAAGGUACUGUGCUAUCCGGCGGCGCUAACCACACCAUGCCGGCGCUCUCGAAGUUGAUAGAAAUAACAGAAGACGAGAUGAAGGGUCGAUACGCUGUUGCCAGUAUGCCAGUGAAAACUGGGGACGUACUUCUCAUCGAUAAACCUUACGCAGCGUGCCUUUUCCACAAAUAUUACGGUACACAUUGUCAACAUUGCUUACGAAGAUUGGAAGACUGCAUGGAAGUAGCCCCCGUGUGGUGUCCAAAAUGUUCGGGAGUAGCUUUCUGUAGCGUUCAGUGCAGGGACAUCGCUGUCUCCACAUAUCAUCCAUAUGAAUGUUCCUUUAUGGGUUUAUUUAUAGGGUCAGGAAUGUCGGUGCUUAGUCAUAUAGCAUUACGGAUGGUCACUCAAGUCGGUCUCGAAACGAGUCUCGCCAUUUAUUCAAAACAUUUGUCCUGCGAAGAAGUUUCUGAAAAUGGCGCAAAAAUUAAUCCUAGAAAAUGUAAAACAAGAAAUCGAAAAGAAAGAUUGACACGUUCUAGAAUGGGCCUCGGCAUUUUAUCCGGUGAAGAUAUGAUGAAGGAGGAAGAAAAUAGCUUAGAAGAUAAACAAAAUGAAUUAUUGAAGCGAGCUGAUGAAAUAUAUAGACUUUGUACCCACUCGGGACAAAGAAACGGAGACGAUUAUUUAAAAAGAAUCGUGAUAGCGAUGUUCUUGACUGAAUGUUUAAAAAGAAGUGGUUUUUUUAAAGGCAACGAAAACAGACAGCAAGAAGAAAAUGAGUUAUCUAUCUGCAAGUUGAUAAUAAAGAACCUUCAGCUGCUUCAGUUCAACGCACAUGAGAUCUACGAGACGCUACGAGGCGCGCACAUGUUCACCGGCUCGAAACCUUUGUACAUUGCAGUCGGCAUUUACUCUACCGGCGCUCUAUUCAACCACGAGUGUAGUCCGGCGGUGGCAAGAUAUUUUGAAGAUUCUAAAAUUAUUCUGCGAGCUAUCCGACCUCUUGAACCUGGGGAAAUGGUGUCUGAGAAUUACGGGCCGAAUGUUUUGAUUCGUAACCUCGCUGAAAGGCAGAAGUCCCUCGCCUGUAGAUACUGGUUCAAAUGUGACUGCCUCGCUUGCAAGGAGGAUUGGCCGAUUCUUAAACAGAUGAAUUUUAAUGAUCCUAUCCUCAGAUGUCCGAAUAUAUCGUGUACCUGGAAAUACAGACCGAAUCCUAAUAAUUCACCGGAAAAAUGUCCAAAGUGCUCUGUUCCUAUAGAAAAGGGCUUAACAAAAGUUUAUAUGGAAACAGUUGAAAUGUGUCUAGCCGGAUACGAGGAAGGCGCCAGAUUAAUGGACGAAGAGCGGGCCGAGGAGGCGGCGGCUGCGCUAUGCGCUGCAGUAGACGCGUACCACAGGGUGGGCCGCUUACCGCACCGCGAGACUUUCCUGGCGCAAGAGUCUCUGCGCGCCUGUUUCGCCACUGCUGGCAACACGCACCAGGUCAAACACAACACACAACAUGGUGAUAAAUAAUA